CCCGCACAUCGAACCAGGUGCCGCCGCCGCCGUCAUGGCCCAGCCGGGGAGACCCCCGUACAGCAGCCAGAACGGAGCUGGGCAGCCACUGCCGCAGCACCAUCCGUACAGCAACGGUCCUGUGCAAAGCCCACUGCUGAAUUCGUCACCCUUAGCAGAUGGACAGUGCUUGGUCCCAGGCAUGCAUACUCAGCAGAUGGCAACAAAGAAUCCUCUAUAUUCAGCUUCUGGAGUGUAUAACUAUAGUGCAUCUCAGAAUAUUCCACCUUUUAAUAAUUAUCAGGGACCUGGGCAGACUCUUAAUAGAACGCCUGUUGGAUCUUCUCCAGCAGCUGCACAACCAGGACCUGUUGCCCGGAUGCCGCCUCCAUUGCAGAACUCGGCUGCUACAUCAACUUCGGCUGGUGGCUUUCGUUCUGGAGUUAAUCCACAAACACAUACAAACUGGCAAUAUGGGCAGACGCCUUUGAAUCCACCAAAAAUGGUUUCUCAAGGGAAUCAUUUUGCUCCCACAGCAGCAACUCAGCCAUUGUUGUCCUCAUCGGGGAAUACAAAUUUACCAACAAGCUAUCAUUAUGUUUCUUCUGUUGGAGGUCCUCCAGUUCAAAACAGCUAUACAAAGCCGGGUUCUGUUCCUCUGCCAGUUAAUCAGCUAACAUAUUCACCAGCUAGACCUCCCACAGGACCUCUUCCAGUUGGAAGUCUAGCUACUUCACAGCCUUCAGCUCCUCCAACAAGCCUGCCAUCACAGACUGUACAAAAUUCACCAAACACACAAGAAGCAGGUGAUGCAACAUCCGCUGCCAGUGAUGGAUCUUUGGUCCAAAACAAUUAUGAUACAAUAGAAGGAGGUGGUUUCCUUGCAACUGCACAUGCUCCAACUCCUCAGGAUCUUAAAACAAACAGACAUGUUGGGAGUUCUUAUCCUAGCUUGCCACCAGGCUACCAAAAUACAUCUCCACCUGGAGGGCCAAGAAUGCAGUAUCCAAGUAUAUCUCAGCAGUUCCCUCAGCCUGGUUUGGGAGCAAAUACCUUAACUGCACCUCUGAGUGGACUGAGUCUUCAACCAGAAGGACUAAGACCCAUCAACCUUCUUCAAGAGAGAAAUAUUCUCCCUGCUACUCCCUUGCAGGCACCUGUUCCAAACUUGCACGAAGAUAUCCAGAAACUCAACUGUAGUCCAGAGUUGUUCCGAUGCACCUUGACUAACAUUCCUCAAACCCAGGCCUUACUGAACAAAGCCAAGCUUCCUUUGGGGCUCCUGCUUCAUCCUUUCAAAGACCUAUCACAAUUGCCUGUGGUGACAUCCAGUACAAUUGUGAGAUGUCGUAGCUGCAGGACAUAUAUAAAUCCUUUUGUGAGCUUUCUUGACCAAAGGAGAUGGAAAUGCAACUUAUGUUACAGAGUAAAUGAUGUUCCUGAAGAAUUUAUGUACAAUCCUGUCACUAGAGUUUAUGGGGAACCUCAUAAAAGACCUGAAGUUCAAAAUGCCACAAUUGAAUUUAUGGCUCCUUCUGAAUAUAUGCUACGUCCACCUCAGCCUCCUGUGUACCUCUUUGUAUUUGAUGUGUCUCAUAAUGCAAUAGAGACAGGAUACUUGAGCACUGUAUGCAAGACAUUGUUGGACAAUCUAGAUUUACUUCCAGGAAACACUAGAACAAAAAUAGGCUUCAUAACAUUUGACAGCACAAUCCAUUUCUAUAGCCUUCAGGAAGGUCUUUCUCAGCCUCAGAUGUUAAUAGUUUCAGAUAUUGAUGAUGUUUUUAUACCAAUGCCAGAAAAUUUGCUAGUAAACUUAAAUGAAAGCAAAGAGUUAAUUCAAGAUUUAUUGAGAACUUUGCCUGAGAUGUUUACCAGCUCCUUGGAAACACAGAGUGCUCUGGGACCUGCCCUACAAGCUGCCUUUAAAUUGAUGUCACCAACUGGUGGUCGGAUAUCUGUUUUUCAAACACAGCUUCCCUCUGUAGGAGUGGGUGCACUCAAACCUCGUGAAGAACCAAACCCCAGAGCAUCUGCGAAGGAAAUACAUCUUACACCAUCUACUGAUUUCUAUAAAAAGUUGGCCUUGGAUUGCUCGGGGCAACAGGUUGCAGUUGACUUGUUUCUUCUUAGUGGGCAGUACUCUGACCUGGCUUCCUUAGGAUGUAUAUCAAGAUAUUCUGCUGGUAGUAUCUAUUAUUACCAAUCCUAUCAUCAUCAACACAAUCCUCUUUUGGUGGAGAAGCUACAGAAAGAACUUAAACGAUAUUUGACUAGAAAGAUUGGUUUUGAGGCUGUCAUGCGGAUAAGAUGUACCAAAGGCCUUUCUAUUCACACCUUCCAUGGGAACUUCUUUGUACGAUCAACAGAUCUGUUGUCUUUACCUAAUGUGAACCCUGAUGCAGGCUAUGCUGUGCAAAUGUCAGUGGAAGAGAGUCUGACAGACAUGCAGGUGGUCUGUUUUCAGUCAGCCCUCCUGUAUACCUCUAGUAAAGGUGAAAGGCGAAUUCGUGUACACACGCUAUGUCUACCAGUUGUUAGUCAGUUGAAUGAUGUUUAUCUGGGAGCUGAUGUGCAGGCUAUUACUGGGCUUUUAGCCAAUAUGGCUGUUGACCGCUCAGUUUCAGCGAGUCUGAGUGAUGCUCGAGAUGCACUGGUGAAUGCUGUAAUAGAUUCCCUGUCUGCAUACCGAUCCUCUGUCCUAACUAUUCAGCAGCCUGGUCUUAUGGCUCCUUCCUCACUACGUCUGUUUCCAUUAUAUGUAUUAGCUCUCUUAAAACAGAAGGCAUUCCAAACUGGGACAAACACUCGUUUAGAUGAUCGCAUCUUUACCAUGUGUCAAGUGAAAAGCCAACCUUUAGUGUACCUCAUGCUUAUGAUGCAUCCCAGUCUGUACAGAAUGGACAAUCUCACAGAUGACGGGGCUCUCAACAUCAAUGACAGAACAAUACCUCAGCCGCCUAUUCUCCAGCUAUCUGUGGAAAAGAUAAACAGGGAUGGUGCUUACCUCAUGGAUGCUGGCUCUGUCAUGUUUCUAUGGGUUGGAAAGAAUUGUGGACCGAACUUCAUCAGCCAUGUCCUGGGAGUUCCAAACUAUGCAUCAAUACCACACAAUAUGACACAUCUUCCAGAACUUGACACGGCUGAAUCUGGUAGAGUGCUUGCUUUUAUCUCUUGGCUGAGAGAGCAGAAACCAUUCUUUCCUAUAUUAUAUAUACUAAGGGAUGAAAGUCCAUGGAAACCAAGUUUUCUGCAAAACAUGAUAGAAGACAGAACGGAAUCUGCCUUAUCAUACUAUGAAUUUCUUUUGCAUAUUCAGCAGCAAGUUAAUAAAUGAGUCCCUUUGUUACAGAAUUCAUCUACUCAAAGGAACUUUCCUGCGUAAAAAACAUUUGUGCUUGUAUGCUCCUGUUUUGACCUUAUGCAGUUGAUAAGACUCUCACUGUGAUUUUCCAAGAACAGAAAAGGAAAAGCAAAUAAAGGACCACUGAAUCUUAAGUACACUAUUGUGUAGUUGUACAUUAAAUAAUUAAAAUCAAUUUGAACAUGUUGGAUGCCUUUAAUUUGCUGCAAAAUGUUUCGUUGUAACUAGUUGCAUCAUGAGUGAUAAAGGUAAUACAGUACUGAGAAAGAGGAUCCUUUAUAAACUUCCUUUUUUUUGCUCAAAAUGUUUAUAACUAUAUUUUUGUUUUUCUGCUUUAUGGUUUGCUGCUAGAGUUAAAACCUCCCAAGACUGAGUUGCAGGGAAAUGACAUCAAUUUGAUUAUGAAAUACAUCACUAAUUAAUAAUAAAAUAUUUAAAGGAGGAAUGAAACAGAUCAUUGUAAAAUGAACAAAAUAACUCAGAAUUUGUAAUGAACUCAGUUUCUAGUGCUUUUAAAAACAUUAAGAUGAGCAGGAGUAAAAAUGAAAUGGUCUAGCUGGAUUGUAAGUGAAUAUAAAAUAAUCCAUAUUGAAACCUUUAGAAUGUUUCACUAUUCUAGUACCUGAAAAGAAAAAUAAACGUUUCAUUAUAUCAAAUGAGAAUUUAAUCAAGCGGCUGACACAGCUUCAGAAAUGCUAAACUUGGAUCCUGGUCUUGGAUGUUAACUUGGUGUGUGUAGUCUUAAGUCAUUAAAAGUAAAUAGGGGAACAGACAGUACAACCAGACAUCAUGAUCUUUGUUUAUAAAUUGUGUUUGAUUCAAUUAAAGUCAACUUUUUAUAAUGAGUUCAGGUUUUUUAUAGAAAUACGCUCACUGAUGGCACUAUAAGCCAUAAUUCUUACAAUGUUAGAAAAGCUGUUGAUUAGGUUGCAGGAAAUCCAAAGCAUCUAAUUAAAUAGCUUUGUUUCCACUUAAAAUUGUUUGGGGUGGGAUAGGGAACUUCUUUUGGCUUUAAUAGAAAGUUUCCUGAAAUCCUGGUCUAGGCCAGAAAAAUCAGAUACUGCAUGCAGGAUGAAUAAGUUUUAAUCAUACUUUGGAAAUUACUGUGAAUUAAAUCAUGACAAAUAGUAUUUGUUUUUUUAAUGAUUUCUCUAUGUAUAUUGCAUACAAGCCACCUGCAUUAGUAAUACUGUAACAUUCAUUAUGUAACUUGUGGCUGUCAUAAUUUCUACUCCCUCACCACCACCUCCGUCUCCCAAGAACAGUAAAUUCAAAAUAUUUUUCUAUUGCACUUUUUGUUUUUCCUUUUGUGCAAUAAUUCUUUGCAGCCAUUUUCACCUACAAGUGAUUUAACUGAAGUUUCUUCAAUACCAGACAUGGGUAGAUAUUUUCUGUACAAAAAGUCACUGAAAUUAAGGAGUUGUAGUGUUUAUAUACUAAUGUUUCAGAUCAGAAAAGCAGCUUCCUACAUGCAAUCUGUCAGAGGGGUCUAUGAAAAGUGACUUACAGAAUGGUUUCUUUCAUGUUUAGAAAGUGGAAGAUCUGUCUGAAAAAGUGAUUGAUGUGGCUGUUGAAUUCAAAAUGGCAAAGCAAAAUUGUGUUCUGUUAAACUGAAGCACCUUCUCUGUGAUGUCAUUGUUUCUAAAUCUUUAAUUUCGUUAUUUAAUAACAAUUCUUUAUAUCAAUAACAACACUCUAGGAGCAUAUUGUCACAGUAAGAUACACACUUUUAUAAUGGAGAUCAUAUACUGGGUGCCUCAUGUUACAUCGUAAGCUCCAGUACUAAUACGUUAAUAGCAUUUUAGUGACCCUUCUAAACAAAAGUGUACAUAGUUGUACCAUUCUGCCAAGAACAUUCCGUCAACAGAAAGAAGCUUCUGUGUAUUGAUUACCUUUCUGAUUCUGGUUUAUAUGUGAACAGACACUGUGGAGGUAAAAAUAAUCCAGUACUGUACAUCUUGAUGGAUAUUUUUUUCUCCUUGCUUCAUGUACUUAAUACUGAAUAGAUAGGCAUUGUCAGGCGUGAUGCUGCUCCUUGUGUUGAGAAUUCCAGAUACUUAAGCACCAUACCCAACAUUAUCUUGCAUACAGAGAUCUUUUCCUUGGGGUGGGUGGAUGUGGCAUAACUUUAAGACAGCAUAAUGAGCUCAACUAGUUACCUGAAUCUUAUUCAAGGAUACAUCCCUAAAUGCCAUCUCAAGUUAGUUAACAGUGAGUAUAUUAUAUUGUCUAUUAUACUGGCUAGAAUGCUUUUUGGAAUGUUCAUACUCCUUUUGCAAUAUUGUUUUUUUUCUAAUUUUUAUUCCUUGUGAUGAGGAAAAAUGACAUCUGGUUCAACCUGUACGAUUUUUAAUAAUAGGCAUUGCAGAGCCGAGCCAGGUGUAAAACUGCCUGUGCUAUACUUUCAAGUAACAGCUCUCUGUUUUAAGAAUUCUGACAACUUGAGUAGGUGAGAGUGACCCAGAUAUUUCCAUCUUAGCAUGGCACUCCACAGCAGAUGUUCUCUAUUUUUCUAGUUCAAAAUUUUUAAAGAACAAUUCAGCAUGAUUGACCAAGAUAUUCAACUCAGUUGGGCAUCAGCAUUUUAAUUAGCAUUUAAGUUUCUGUAAUAAGUUACAUUGCAAUCAAUUUUGACUGUUUUGCAAUAAUGAAGAUAUAAAACUUUCAAAGUUAACAGGAUACAUAUGAUUAGAAACAGAAUGUUAAGGGACCAUCAGAUGUGACAAACUUUCUGUUCACCAGUUAGAGAUUAAAUCCUUGUAGUAAAUUUGAUUUGUAAAGUAGUGUAAAAUACUGUAAUAUUAAUCCUUGUUUUCUGAACUCAAGACAUUGAUCUUCAGUGUGAAAUUGUAACCAUGCUCUUCUGAAUUGGAGGCAAGGUUUUACUUGUUCCCCUUUUUACAGUUUGUAAUUUUCACUGUUUUAUUCCUGUAAAAAGUCAUUUGUAACACAUGCAAAUGCUUAUUUUAGCUGUGCUAAUUUAUCAGAUUUGGCUACUCAAUAAAAUUAAUUGAAAGAGCUUA